UCUCCCACCGUCCACCCCCUGUCCCCGCCCCCGCCGCUUGCUCCUCCCCUUCCGCGCCCUCGCCCCGGAUCCGAAGCCAUUAAACCGAGCGCCAGUGGAUCUCUCCUCGGGCAUCGGCAUCGGAGCGGAGAGAGAGAGAGAGAGCCACCCAGCCAUGAGAUGGUAUGCAUCGGUAGGCUGAGGGCGCUGGUGCUUCGUGCGGCGGCGGGCGCGGGCGCGGGCAGGCGCCGGUGGGCCAGGGUCCUGUGCGGUCGGGCGGUCGAUGUGUGCGUGACACCCCGUCCGCGCGGGCACGGUUGGCGUGGAUUCCGGGCGGUGGCUGGCGCCAGGACGAAGAUGAUGCUCGAUUCCUCCGACUCUGACUCCGGCGCUCCGGCGGGGCAGCUGCAGCUGCAGCGCCGCGCGGUUGCUGCUGGGACCCAGCCGCAGGAUGGAGGGUACGCCAGUGCGGGGUGGCAGAGGGAAGAUGGUAAACUGAAAUGUGGGUAUUCAAGUUUUAGAGGGAAAAGGGCUACAAUGGAGGAUUUCUAUGAUGUAAAACUAACUGAAAUUGAUGGACACGCUGUUAGCCUAUUUGGUGUAUUCGAUGGUCAUGGGGGGUCACGUGCUGCUGAGUAUUUGAAGGAGCAUUUGUUCGAGAACCUUAUGAAACACCCCAAGUUCUUGACUGAUACAAAGCUUGCUAUAAGUGAAACAUAUCAGAAGACAGAUGCAGAUUUCUUAGAAUCAGAAUCAAGUGCUUUCAGGGAUGAUGGUUCCACAGCUUCGACUGCGGUUUUAGUGGGUGGCCAUCUAUAUGUAGCAAAUGUUGGUGACUCCCGUGCUGUUAUUUCAAAAGCCGGGAAAGCUAGGGCACUCUCAGUAGAUCACAAACCUAACAGGUCUGAUGAACGCAAGAGAAUUGAAAAUGCUGGAGGUGUUGUCAUCUGGGCUGGUACUUGGAGGGUAGGUGGCGUACUGGCAAUGUCCCGUGCGUUUGGUAAUCGUCUACUGAAGCCAUUUGUGGUGGCAGAACCUGAAAUUCAGGAAGAAUUGAUUAAUGGAGAAUUGGAGAGCCUGGUUCUUGCCAGUGAUGGGCUUUGGGAUGCCGUAGAAAAUGAGGAAGCUGUGUCCCUUGCAAAAACAGAAGAUGUGCCAGAGUCUGCGGCCAGGAAACUGACGGAGAUUGCCUACUCUCGUGGCAGCGCUGACAAUAUUACAUGCAUCGUGGUGCAAUUCCACCAUGAUAAAAUUACAGGAUGAGAUGGACUACAGCUGAUUUAAGGUUUCUCUGCUUCAGGCCUCUUUUUAUCCUGCAAGCGGAGUGGGGUUUCUCCCACAUCUAUUUUUGCCUCUGUGGCAACUGCUCAGGACUUCCUCUAUUGAUUCUUUCCUUUGUGUGGCAGACCUUUUCUCUUUUGAGAAUUGUAAUGGGAAUUUUUGAGUUUGAUGUAUCCAUGUCUAUGUCUGUACUAAUACUUGUUAUAUUUAAUAUAAAAAGAGUGAGUUACGGAGAUCCAACAAAUCUCACAUUUUCAA